AUGGAUCACAUUUUUUCGGAGGACGAAUGGCGCGAUUUUCUGGAAGAAAAGUCGAAGCUACGCGAAUUGCUGGAUGAGAUAAAUUCCAAGAAAGUUGAAAUGGAAAUUCAACAACAAGAGCUCGACAAAAGGACGGAAGGUGUUGAAACCCAGAUGCAAAAGCUGAAAGAAACGAUUGAAACCGUCAAAAAUCUCUCCUCGGAAGCAGUCAGAGCGGAAAACAGCAGCAAAAUGAUUCUAGAAGAAGUUAAAAGAGAGAGAGCUGAAGUAUUGAAGCUCACAGAAAUGCUGGGAAAGCUUCAACUAAACCAAAAACCGAAUGAAAAAGGAGAUUUACUGGUUAGCUUUUAUUUUCCAUUGACCAACUAUAAAGUUGAUAUGUGAUGAAAAGAGAAAGCGGAUUCAUGCUCAACUAUAUGGCUUUUCUAUACGGAAGCUGAACAAAAAGCAAGAUGAAAACAAAUAACUAAUAAAAAGUGAUUCACGUAGUAUCCAUUUGUAUCGGAAUGCUUUCACGCCUGUUUAAGGCGGCCGGUCGUAUUACGGUAGUCAAGCUAGGUUUUUCGGUAAUAAAAUGAAAACUUGUUCAAUUUUUGUGACGGAAAUUAUCUUGUAACCUCGAGAAGUAAGUCCUUAACAAAUUGCAGAAAAGAAAAAAAGUUUUAAAAAUUUCCUGGCUCCGAAACUGACGGCGCAAUAUUGACCGGCCACCGGCCGCCAUAGCACUGCCUCAAACAGUGCUUUGAUUCGCAAUAAGGUACGGUACCGCCAGCUGGACAUUACACAGUUACGCAAAAGUUCAGAUCAAACUUUUUUUUUUCUCGGAAAAAGUUUGAUCAAACCAUCGCGCAUAUAGCGGAUUCACGGCUAGCUUGGCACGCUAAGGCGCCAUCUCGUGGCGCUAUCUCGUGCAUUAUCGUUUCAGGACCCUUUUUUUUAAUGGCUCAAGCCAGCCGUGAAUCAGCUAUAUAUCAGUUUAGGGAGCGCCGUGAACUCAGAGAAAAAAGAAUCUUACUCUCCACGUUCUACACUCUGUCUUUUGACCUGUGCGCUAAAAUGCCAAUUUAACAGAAAACUAGGCGUUGUUUGUCCAAUAAAAUUCCCUGCGAUCAGUUUCAGGCAGAAGAGAACCUUCGGUCAGCAGCUUCUGACGGCGACUUUGACCAAGUUCGGGAGCUCAUUCGAGAAGGGGUCAACGUCAAUAGCAGAGAUCCUUGCAGCGACAAAACCGCCUUGAUGUGCUCUGUGCAAAACGGGCAUUUAAUAAUAGUUCAUUGGCUUUUGGAAAACGGCGCUGACGUCUCUGCUGCUACUGAGGUUGCUAUAACUCACGAGAGAGCCCUUUUCACUGUGCGGUUGGAAAUUUUUGUAAAUUGGUCAUAAUACUUAUUGAUAUAUUUUAUAAAAAGACUAUUGAAACUCCCACCUGUAAACACAAGCGAAUCGAGAAGGUACCACAAUGUGUCCAUCGUGAGACCUCCGGUAUACCUUUUAGCUAUAUCUGAGCCAUCUCGGAGGUAUUUCACUUUCAGAGUCUUUCUAAAGUCUCUCUCGUUUUGCUCAAAAUCCUCAGAGGGUCUCGCGAUACCCUUUCUCGAUUCGACUAUGAAAAAUCGUCCAUUUUUUUAACGAAUAGUAUCUCAGAGUUGUAGUAUAGCCCAUUCCACGCCAGCUUGUCACGUUUUUCUUUCUACUCUGAGCUACAGAACCCUUCCUUUCAAUGUGCGCGAUAUUUUUAGCUGCCUGCGCCUUGAAUAUAACGGAUUAGGCCAAAUGAAAGACGCAGGCAGAGAAACGUAGCGCGCGCUUUGAACGGAAUAAUUCUCUAGCUCGAAUGGAAACGAAAAUCGUUACAAGCUGGCGCGGAAUAGCCUAUAAACCAUAAAGCCCGCCUUUAUUCAUUGAGCCUUUCACGCAAUACUUUUUUUUGUGUUUUAACCAUCGAUGUAAUUGACAAGGCGGCAAAUUUGACCAAAAUUCGCUUCAAAACCUAUUUUUUCGCAAUCUUUUUUUGCAGAUUUGUAGAGCGAACUUUCCAAAUAACUGUGUUUAUGGUAGCUCUUUUCCUGCUAUGCUUUCAAGAAGUCCGACCAGUUGUCGAAAUAUUACCAAUCGCAAAGUAUAGUCAAUUUUUCCCGACUUGAAGGCGAGCGAGGCGGGGCAGGGAACGGUACGCGUAGCGUGUGCGUACGCAGUUCUUGGCACGAGUUCAAUUCAAGCGGCAUCGACUAUUCAAAAAGCUCAGUCAAGUCACCGCUCUUUUUCUAUAUGUUCUACUAUUUUCAAUGAAAAUCAAUAAAUGAUUGAAAAAUAAAUGAAAACAGCGAUAAAGGAAUAAUCACUGGCGGUUGAAUAGAACCCGUGCCCAUAACCGGGUACGCACACGCUACGCGUCCCGCACCCUUCUCCGCCUACCUCGCCUUUCAAGUCCGGAAAAAUUGACAAUAACAAGGCCUCUCUCGUCAUCAGAAACCUUAUAAAAUUAAUCUUUGCAGCUAGGCACCACGGCUCUUCACUAUGCAUCACAAUGUCAUGGUGCGGAAGCCGGUGAAAUCGUUUCCGCCUUAGUGGAUCACGGAGCUGAUCUCAACGUUUCCGACAGAAAUGGAAAUACUCCUCUGCACAAUGCCGUUUCUGCCGAGUUUGCGAUUGCAUUUCAAUCACUGAUAGAUUGCGGCGCCGAUAUCAAUUCAUGUCCUCCGAGGAAUAGGGUGUGUUAUAGUCAAUCCUUCACGACUCGACACGCGUACGCCGUUCUGAGGCUAAUUCAAGCGCCACCGACUAUUUGAAACAGCUUGGUCAUCUUUCUUUUUGUAUCCAUUCUGCUAACUUUUAAUGCAAAAACGAAAAAAAGUCAAUGAUUAGUUAUAGUCUGUGUGCCGCGACUUGGAAUUUCACCGAACGACAUUCCGCUACGCCGCUGCGCGCCGUUGCGAACCUUGGUCGCGCUUUUAUUUUUUCUUUCUUCUUUUGUUAAGGUACUCUACUUUCAUGUGCUUCCACAGCAAUAACAAUCAAUUGAAAUUUCAAGUCGUGGCAUACAGACUAAAGGAGGACGUGGCGUGUCUGCGCUCCCCAGCAACCAGGCACUGGAUCUUUUAAUAUCGUGUCAGGACCCUUUUUGAUGGCUCACGCCAACCGGGAAUGAGCUAUAAAUAAUUUCCUGCCAAAACGGAUAUAAUAUGUACCAUUUAAACGAUCCUCCUCGAUUUGAAAGGCGAGCGAGGCGAAGAAGGGGCGGGACGCGUACGCGGUUCUUGGAUUGACUAAAAACAAUUUCGCGUUCAGUUUCGCAUUUCCCGCCAAAAGCCGUGUCGCGAAGUGAAUGUAUAGUUUGUUCAGAUUUUGAAUGUCAAGUCGUUGCUCAAGCUCCGCCCCUAAUGGUGCGUUAAACCAAUCAGAGAGCGAGCCAUCCAUAGAGUGUUUUUGAAUGAUGUCAUUGCACUGGACAUUUAAAAUCUGAACAGACUAUAGUUGAAUCAAGGCUGGCUCGAGCCAACGAAAAAAAUAUCCAGACGCGGUAAAAAAGAUCGUGCCUCGUUGGUGGGAAGCGCAUUCACGCGCCCUAAAGUUCCAAGCUAGCCUAGAAUAGACUAGGUAAUCAUGCGCGGGCCACCUUUCAAGCCUGGGUAAAAUGGCUAGUGAAAAACAGCUCCUAAAACCUUCUAUUCAAAGUUUUCCGAUAAAAAAAGAACCUUUAAAGACGCUGAUAUAGUCCGUUCAGCUUUUGAAUGUCAAAUAGAAUGACGUCAUUCGAAAACACUCUGUGGAUGGCUCGCUCUCUGAUUGGUUUAUUGCAAAAUUAAGGGGCGGAGCUUGAGCGAGUACUUUAAAUCUCAACAGACUACAUCUUGAAAAUUUGAAAGAGAAAGUUUGAUAAUUUCAGGAUCAAGAAACUCCUUUACAUUUGGCUGUUCUUUAUAACAACUUAUCAGCGAUAAAGUUGUUAUUGGAAAGAGGCGCCGACAUCCAUCUGAAGGAUUACCACGGCAACACAGCUUUGUCUAUCGCUCAGAGAUUUGGAAACGAAGAAGUUCAAAAGAUUUUUGUUAAAAGCCAACUUGCCAGAAAAAAAGAUUUGAGACAAUGA